AUGAAAAUUCAAUCUGCAAUCGCUCUUGCACUGUCCGUCUCGACGGCACUUGCACUUUCCAUCUCAAACAGGGGCAUCGACGUUCCUGCAGUAGCUAACGAACACCUCUUCACGCUUGAAAUCGAGCCCGGAGAGACCAAGCGGGUCACUGAAGCAGAGAAAUGGGAACUUUUCAAUGCCGGAGUGCACUUCAUGGACAUUACAGACUAUGCUGAGCUCCACGAGACCUCCAAAGGACUGACAAAACGAGCUGUUGUAUUCCCUUCAGCAAUGGCACAGAAGACUAACGUAACGCCACUCCUGUCUAAAAUCAGUACAUCCAACAUGCAGAGUAAGCUUACAACAUUUGUUGGCUUCAACAACAGAUACUACAAGAGCUCCACCGGUAAGCAGUCGUCCGACUGGCUCCUUUCGCAGGUCCAAGCGGUGGCUACUGCCUCUGGGGUGUCUGGAGUAACUGUUCGUGCUUUCAGUCAUCCUUCCUGGACCCAGGACAGCGUGAUCGCCACAAUUCCAGGCAAGAGCGCGAACAUAAUCGCCAUCGGGGCGCAUCAAGACAGCGUCAAUGGUGCGAGCCCUAUGAACGGACGAUCUCCCGGUGCCGACGACGAUGGUUCUGGAUCCGUAACCAUCUUGGAGGCCUUUAGAGUCUUGCUGACCGAUUCCCGAGUUGCAAGCGGACAAGCAGCCAACACGAUCGAAUUCCAUUGGUAUGCAGCUGAGGAAGCCGGCCUUUUGGGUAGCCAAGCAAUCUUCACCAACUACAAGAACAGCGGCAAGGUCGUCAAGGCCAUGCUUCAACAAGACAUGACUGGCUACGUAAAGCCUGGAUCCAAGGAGGCUGUAGGAGUCAUCACAGACUACGUCGACGCUGGGUUAACAUCUUUCAUCAAGAAGGUUGUGACUGCUUACUGCACCAUUCCAUACGUUGAGACCAAGUGUGGCUACGCUUGCUCCGACCACGCUAGUGCAUCAAAAGCUGGAUACCCUUCAGCCUUUGUCAUCGAGAGUUCAUUUGAGAACACCAGUGGGUACAUUCAUACCGCUCAGGAUACCAUCAGCACUGUCAGCUUCUCUCACAUGCUUGAGCAUGGAAAGAUGACCGUAGGGUUAGCAUACGAGCUUGCUUUUGCAACAGGUCUAUGA